CUCGCUGGUUACCAUGGAAACCGCCAUCCGUGAUUUCUAUCAUUUCAUUCAACACAAGUGGACAGAGAGAAAGAGGAGAGCUCUCAACAUACCUCACCUGUAAGGUAUACCAGAGGUAGUUAGGUUGAUCUGUGAUGUCACAAACACUUCCUGUCAUUUCAUUGGAGGAGCAGCAGCAGAAUUUUAAACCUUCAUACCAAAAAUCCAAUGAUAUCCAAACAUGUUUGAAACCACGGCAACAAAAUGAGAAGUCCUAGACACCAGAUAUUUAUAAUUUAUUCUUUUUAAAGGAGCAGUCUGUAACUCUGACCCCUAGUGUUUAAAAUGGGUACUACAGUCUACAUUCUAAACAUCAGUGUUUAUCCAGCUCUGCAUGGGUCUGUAAACCUUUCUGUGUUCUAACCUCUCUCCAUUUUUGAAAAGCAUCUCCAAUAUUGAUCCUAGUUUGAGCACGUUUCUGCUCGUGGAGCUUAUUAGAAACAUGCAGAGGCUUUUUAGGUCGGGUACAAUCACUUCUAUCUGAACCACUUCUCUUGCCCGCUUCCAUCGCUGCAACACCUGUUGACCUGAUAACUGCUCUCAUAUCUGACAAACCGAGGGGCGUCCAAAACGGCCGUGUGGGGGGGUGUCUUAAAAGCGCCUACCUUCUCUGGUCCAAACAAAUCCAGAGCAUUCAGGAGCAGAAUCUAAAGUUAGAAGGAGGACAUACUGGCUGCUGCAUUGUUGUCAGAGAAGCCAGCACUUCAACAUGUUUCCUUAAUGAUCAGAUAGUAAGAUACCUUUAUCAUCUCACUCUCUACACAGCUCACUGAUUGGACCUUUAAAUAUCAAAAGUUGUCUUCAAACUCCUGCACGCUGUCUACGUUGCACAUAUACAAACUUUACCAAUGUGUUCUUCAUCUCUCUCUCUCUUAGAUGUGAGACUUUCUCUCUUCUUCUGUUCUCUUUGAUUCCAUCAUUUAUUCAAACAGAGAUGUUGUAGAAAAGUGUUGUCAGCUGACUGCAGCGGAGGAGACUGGUAUCUCAUCGUUCUCUUCUCAUCAGAGAGAAGUCGUCAACCUAAAGUUUCAAGAAAAGAUGACAGACAGAGAUAAUCCAGUUUUAUAUAAAGAGAAUAAAAAAUAUAUUUUUGUUUAUAAACUCUUUGAACAUUUCUACGAGGAGAUGGAGAAACUCUUUCUCUUCAUCAAGUGUGAAUUCUUCUCGUUUCUAGACUGAUGUAUUUUGAUGCUUUUCUUUUGUUGUGACUCCACGAGAAGAUGGAGUCUGGACCUUCAGAGUCUGGGCCUUUGGGAACAGAGUCUGGACCUUCAGAGUCUGGGCCUUUGGGAACAGAAUCUGGACCUUCAGAGUCUGGGCCUUUGGGAACAGAGUCUGGACCUUCAGAGUCUGGGCCUUUGGGAACAGAAUCUGGACCUUCAGAGUCUGGGCAUUUGGGAAUAGAGUCUGGACCUUCAGAGUCUGGGCCUUUGGGAACAGAAUCUGGACCUUCAGAGUCUGGGCCUUUGGGAACAGAGUCUGGGCUUUUGGGAACAGAAUCUGGACCUUCAGAGUCUGGGCCUUUGGGAACAGAGUCUGGACCUUCAGAGUCUGGACCUUUGGGAACAGAAUCUGGACCUUCAGAGUCUGGGCCUUUGGGAACAGAGUCUGGACCUUCAGAGUCUGGGCCUUUGGGAAUAGAGUCUGGACCUUCAGAGUCUGGACCUUUGGGAACAGAAUCUGUACCUUCAGAGUCUGGGCCUUUUGGAACAGAGUCUGGACCUUCAGAGUCUGGGCCUUUGGGAAUAGAGUCUGGACCUUCAGAGUCUGGACCUUUGGCAACAGAGUCUGGACCUUCAGAGUCUGGACCUUUGGGAACAGAGUCUGGACCUUCAGAGUCUGGGCCUUUGGGAACAGAGUCCGGGCCUUUGGGAACAGAGUUUGGACCUUCAGAGUCUGGACAUUUGGGAACAGAGUCUGGACCUUCAGAGUCUGGGCCUUUGGGAACAGAGUCUGGACCUUUGGGAACAGAGUCUGGACCUUCAGAGUCUGGGCCUUUGGGAAUAGAGUCUGGACCUUCAGAGUCUGGACCUUUGGCAACAGAGUCUGGACCUUCAGAGUCCGGGCCUUUGGGAAUAGAGUCUGGACCUUCAGAGUCUGGACCUUUGGGAACAGAGUCUGGACCUUCAGAGUCUGGGCCUUUGGGAACAGAGUCUGGACCUUCAGAGUCUGGACAUUUGGGAACAGAGUCUGGACCUUUUGGAACAGAGUUUGGACCUUCAGAGUCUGGACAUUUGGGAACAGAGUCUGGACCUUCAGAGUCUGGGCCUUUGGGAACAGAGUCUGGACCUUUGGGAACAGAGUCUGGGCCUUUAGGAACAGAGUCUGGACCUUCAGAGUCUGGACUUUCAGAGUCUGGACCUUUGGGAACAGAGUCUGGACCUUUGGGAACAGAGUCUGGACCUUUGUGUUCUCCUGUUAGUCGUACGUUUGAGUUGUUCUGUAACCUCGUGAUCUGAUUGUUCAUGAACUCAUCACAGCCUAUCAGAUGUUGGUCCUCUCUGGGCUUCUGUACUUUGUGACACUAAAACAUGAGAAAAUGUCAAAGUGAACUUAAAGAAAGUUGUGGAUUCAUCCUGAUGAUCAUCAUGGUCUGAAGAAUCCUCUUCAGCUGUUAUACAAUCUGCUUUAGUGAGUUUCUAUUCUCAUGUUCAAACUUUGUUUAAAGCACCAAGAAGAAACGUUUCUAUCACUUUAAUAAAAUGUUUGACCUUCAGAA